AUGAUUAAUUAUAGAGGAACUAAGGUACUAGUAAUAAUUAUUUUUAAGGGAGCAUAUUACUUGCGGGGAUACUUUAAAAACCAGCUUGACGAGAAUAUACUUUUCGCGCGAUCUCCUACAGGAUUUACUAAUUAUUGGCUUAGAGUAUGCUAUAUUAAGCAUUUUGACAGAUUCUGUCUCUCUUCUGGACCCGGCAGAUAUUAUAUCUUGAUUUUCGAUGGCCACGGCUCUCAUAUUAGUCGUGAAUUCCUAGACUAUUAUUAG